AUGUCGGCGCCGCCUACUCAGCAAGAUGAUCACGAGGAAGUUUCUGUCUCUACACCGCCAUCCAGUUUCGCAGUUUGGACGUUUGAGGAAGUGGACUUGCUUAUCAAACUCUGUAAAGAGAACAAGAUGCUUCUUUACGAGGAUAUCAGCCAGCUCUUCAACACGACUACUACUGGACAGCAGCGCACGGAAGCUGAUAUCCGUUAUAAGCUUUCGUACAAGCCCAGAAACGACCUCCGAAGCAGCGACACGUCCCGCUCCGCUCCUCCGAAAGAAGAAGAAGCCGACGAGGAUGAAGACUAUGACUCUGAAGCUGAAGACGAACCUCAACCCAGCGUCGGCGUCGGCAAGUGGUCAGCCAAAGAUGAAAAACUGGUGAUGAGGCUUUUUGCUGAAAACAAGUACCUCUCAUACACCAAGGUCACCGAACUGUUCAACGCGCAGACUACCGGACCCCAGCGCACUACGGGUUCUGUCCGCCAGAAGUUCCUUUACGGAAAGAAGAAGCAGCCAGGAAGAAGCAAGGUCCAAGCAAGGGGUAGCAAGCCGAAGAAGUCCUCGAAACCCUCGAAAUCUGCUUCGAUCCCGAGGAAGCCGAAGGAAGCGGGAGACGGCAGAGUCAUAGGCCACGACGCGUCAGGAAAACCCAUCGCGGCCGUCGUAGUAGACGGUAAGACCAUUGGCUACGGCGCUGCGGCCGUCUCUGGGGUCCUGCCAGCAAAGCCCGGACGGCCAAAGAAGCGGAGCGCCGCCGGCGUUGAUAGAGAUUCUGAGGAAGAAGGCGAGGAUCGCCCAUCAAGCUCGAAGGUCAAUGAAUCAGCCACACACGAGACUGCCGCCCGAACCUCCGUCAAUUAUCGCGUCCUUGCCGCGACCGAACCCCGUGUUGUGAAGCAGCCGCCAGAAGAAAGGAGCAAAUUCAGGGAUUCGGAGGAGACGCAAGAGGGAACGCCCGGAGGACGUUUUGCACAAAAGAACGUCUCAGGCUGGACAGCAUAUGAAGCAACCCAGGACGAGAACUACGAUGCGGAGGAUGAUUACAACGCGGGCGGAGACAGUGACAACACGGAGCCAAGGCCGGACGAUACAGACGAGGAAUAG